AGAUGUUUGUUACUUUUUGUGCUCUUCAUUCUUCCAAACACCAAAAGAAACAAAGAACAGAGUAUACAAAUUAAACAUCAUGAAAGCCCUUUUGUCUAUUGUUACAUAGAGAGAAACAAAAGAUAUUCCAAAGAAAGAAAGCUAUCAUGUAUUUUUCUUGGAGAGAGUUUCCCUUUUUUCACAAAAUCAGGCCCCACAAGUGCUUCAUUUAAGGAUCUCAAGAUGCAACAAAUGAUAUCCACGAUAAAUAUUCAGAAAAACAAAAGGAAGACACUUUAGUGUUCUUAAUCUCAUGGUGGAUGAAUUAUAAAGAAAUAUUUGGGUUUGUUAUGGUUGUUUCUUUUCACUGAAAGAGCAUAGGAAGCUUGGUUGAAGAUUUCACAUAUUGAGAGACGUUUGAAACGAACAGGAAGUGAUUUGAGGAAUGUGGUUACAAAAGAGUCAAGGGGAUAGGAAGGAUGGGGUAAAUGGAAUAGUGGCAGUGGCAAUAGAUCAUGAUAAAGGUAGUCAAAAUGCACUCAAAUGGGCCAUUGAGCAUCUCCUCACAAAAGGUGGAACUGUAGUUCUCAUCCAUGUCAAGCAUAAGCCAUCUUCUUUUUCAACAUCAGCUUCUCUUUCAACCCCAAGGGCAGGGAUACAUGGCAUUGCUGAGCAUUCAUUGGUUUGCCACGACCCGGAUGAGCACACCAAAGAAAUUUUUCGGCCGUAUCGUGUCUUUUGUGCACGGAAAGAUAUACACUGCAAGGAUGUUGUACUCGAAGAAGUAGAUGUAUCUAAAGCACUAAUUGAAUAUGUUACCCAGUCAUCAAUUGAGCAUUUAGUUAUAGGAUCUUCACACAAAACUGGAUUUCUUAGAAGAUUCAAGGUAGCAGAUAUUCCAGGAAAUGUUGCAAAAGGGGCUCCAGAUUUUUGUACAGUUUAUGUUGUUGCUAAAGGAAAAAUCCAAACAAUGCGAUCUGCUUCUCGUCCAGCUCCUUCCUUUACACCUCUACAAACCCAAAUCAAUCAAGCCUCUACUAAGUCAACCCAAUCAGACCCACGUGUGCAUUUGACUAAUAGUGUGAAAGGACUUGAGAGGAGAUCGGUUGAUGCACCAGUUAAAUUACAGGAUGGCACAGAAUCUUUCAGGUCACCAUUCAAUAGGAAAGGUAUGCAUGAUAAGUCAUACGGAGAAAUUUCAUUGUCGGAUACUGACAUAACCUUUGUAAGCUCAGGAAGGUCAAGUACAGACCGCAUGUUCCCUUCCAUUCAUAUCCACUCAGAUACAAGCAUGUCCAAUCCUCGCUUAUCAUAUAGCUCUGACAUAGAUCCAAAUCAUAGCUUUGAGUCAAUGCAUUGUGGAAGGACAUCUAUGGAUAUCAACUCUUCUGAAUUCUCAUCCUUCUCCCACGAUAGUGAUGGGUUAUCAUCUUCUAAUUCAUCGUCCAUGGAUGAAGUGGAAGCCGAAAUGAGGAGACUCAAGUUGGAACUCAAACAAACAAUGGAAAUGUAUAGCACUGCCUGUAAAGAAGCACUAACUGCCCAACAAAAGGCUGUAGAACUGCAACGCUGGAAGAUAGAGGAAGAGAGGAGGUUGGAGGAGGCAAGGCUAGCUGAAGAAGCUGCAAUGGCAAUUGCAGAAAAAGAGAAAGCUAAGUCUAAAGCAGCCAUUGAGGCAGCCGAAGCACAAAAACGGAUUGCAGAACUAGAAGCGCAAAAAAGAAUUAAUGCUGAAAUGAAAGCACUUAGAGAAGCAGAGGAGAAACGAAAAGCAGUUGAUGCUUUGUCAAAUAGAGAUGUCAGGUACAGAAGAUAUGCAAUUGAGGAGAUUGAAGCUGCGACUAAUUUUUUUACAGAGUCUCUAAAGAUUGGAGAAGGGGGUUAUGGUCCAGUUUACAAGUGCCUUCUUGAUCAUACCCCUGUCGCGGUGAAGGUUCUACGUCCCGAUGCAGCACAAGGAAGGUCGCAAUUUCAACGAGAGGUUGAGGUAUUAAGUUGCAUUCGACACCCAAACAUGGUUCUCCUCCUAGGAGCUUGCCCAGAGUACGGAUGCCUUGUCUAUGAGUACAUGGCAAAUGGAAGCUUAGAUGAUCGCCUCUUUUGUAGAGGAAACACUCCCCCAAUUCCUUGGCAGUUUAGGUUCAAAAUUGCAGCUGAAAUCGGCACUGGCUUGCUAUUCCUGCACCAGACAAAACCAGAGCCUCUAGUUCAUAGAGACCUUAAACCAGCCAACAUUUUGCUUGAUCGCAACUAUGUGGCCAAGAUUAGUGAUGUAGGUUUGGCUAGGCUAGUGCCACCGUCUGUGGCAGAAAAUGUGACACAAUAUCGCAUGACAUCAACUGCCGGAACAUUCUGCUACAUAGAUCCUGAGUACCAGCAGACAGGAAUGCUCGGGGUAAAAUCUGACAUAUACUCUCUUGGGGUAAUUUUAUUGCAAAUAUUGACAGCAAGACCUCCAAUGGGUUUGACACAUCAUGUUGAUAGAGCCAUUGAGAAAGGAACAUUUAUUGACAUGUUGGAUCAAAAUUUGCAAGAUUGGCCAGUAGAGGAUGCCUUGAGCCUUGCAAAGAUGGCAAUCAGAUGUGCCGAGUUAAGGCGUAAAGACAGGCCAGAUCUUGGUAAGGAAGUUCUACCAGAACUAGAAAGGCUAAAAGCACUUGCUGAAAAUAGUGAUCAACAUAUGAUGCUGGGUGGCUACAUUAGCCCAUCCAAUCAUAGCCAAGUUUCUCUUCAUUUGGAUGGAUCUUGUUCCCCUCUUCCUUAUUCUGGGGAAAGCUCAAGAAAUCCUUCAAGCCCUUGACAAGUAAUGAUAAGAUGAUCCCUACAACAAAAAAGAAAGUUCAUUUGAAUAAUCUUAAUUAUAAAAUUGUAAACUAUUUAGGUGCAUUGAUGUAAAAUAACAUGCACAUUUUGUUUAUUUAAACAUGUUAAGUAAUUUUAUUAUAUUUUUUCAUAUACUGGAAAAAUAAUAUUGUCAAAAG